UAGAGUUUUAGGCCUUGAAUUUGAAGAUACAAAGGCCACCAUUUUCGUGUUGGUACUUCAAAACAUGGAGUAGAUGUCCAAGUACAAAUCUUACGUUUGUAGCCAUUAAUGCCGCUUCACAGCUAACACUGUCUAUUGCUAUUGGUUUCUACUUUUCUCAUUCCAAUUAUGACUCUUUAACCAUUUUCUGAUUGGUCCUUGUGGACGGUUGGACCUCCCUUUAUUAUGGUGUGUGAGAGUGUUCUCAUUUCAUUCAAUAAGUAUUUGAAUAGGUUGUGAUUACUAACUGCCCCCCAAGAACAUGAAUUCUCUUCUCUCUCACCUUUAAGCUUCCAUAACUUGCACGGUUAUCAACUUAUGAUAUUAAGGAAGCACUGCUUGCUCUACAAUCUCAGUGAUGUGAGAGUACAGUUAGUGAAUUUAACACUGCAAGUUCCUUAGUAUUGAGGGAGAAAAGAGAUAUGGGUAGCAGAGAAAUCAAAUCGCCUGAAGAUAUGCUUGAGACACCAGCUAGUUUGGAAGUGGAUGGAAGGUCCAGGAAGAAACUGGGGGUGUUUUUUAUCGAGUCUGAUAAUAGACGAACAGCUUUUGGGCGUGGUUAUACUGGGGGCACAACGCCUGUUGAUAUCCAUGGGAAGCCUAUUGCAGAUCUUUCAAAGACUGGGGGAUGGAUUGCCGCCUUAUUUAUUUUUGGAAAUGAGAUGGCCGAACGAAUGGCUUAUUUUGGCCUAUCGGUGAACAUGGUGGCCUUUAUGUUCUAUGUUAUGCAUAGACCCUUUUCAAGUUCUUCAAAUGCAGUUAACAAUUUCCUGGGGAUAUCUCAAGCAUCCUCUGUCCUUGGUGGUUUUCUAGCCGAUGCUUAUCUCGGUCGAUAUUGGACAAUAGCCAUUUUCACUACUAUUUAUCUUGCGGGUUUGAUAGGGAUAACUUUAUGUGCAUCCAUGAAAAUUUUUGUGCCAAAUCAAGAUCAAUGCGAUCAACUGUCCCUGCUUUUGGGUAGUUGCGAGCCUGCAAAACCAUGGCAGAUGCUUUACCUCUAUGUUGUCCUUUAUAUAACUGCUUUCGGAGCCGCGGGUAUAAGACCCUGCGUCUCGUCUUUUGGGGCUGAUCAGUUUGAUGAAAGAAGUAAAGAUUACAAGACCCUCCUGGAUAGGUUUUUCAACUUCUUUUACCUCUGUGUUACUAUUGGGGCAAUUGUGGCAUUCACUCUGGUAGUCUACAUCCAGAUAGAGCGUGGAUGGGGAGCUGCCUUCGGUUCAUUAGCUAUAGCUAUGGGAGUGUCCAACAUGUUGUUCUUUGCUGGUACUCCUUUAUACAGGCAUAGGUUGCCUGGAGGCAGCCCCCUAACCCGAGUUGCUCAGGUCCUCGUUGCUGCCUUCAAGAAACGACAUGUCCCUUUUACUAGAAGCGAGUUAGUAGGCCUCUACGAGCUCCCUGGAAGACAUUCUGCUAUAAAGGGCAGUGGAAAGAUACCUCAUACUGACGAUUUCAGAUGCUUGGAUAAGGCAGCACUCCAAUUGAAGGAAGACGGGGGCAAUCCAAGUCCCUGGAGGCUCUGCACAGUGACUCAAGUAGAGGAAGUCAAGAUACUCGUUAAAAUUAUUCCAAUACCAGCUUGCACGAUUAUGCUGAAUGUUAUCUUAACAGAAUUUAUAACUCUCUCAAUACAGCAGGCAUACACCUUGAAUACUCACAUUGGUAAACUCAAACUCCCAGUAACAUGCAUGCCUGUAUUUCCCGGCCUCAGCAUAUUUCUUGUACUGUGUCUCUAUUACUCCGUAUUCGUUCCUGUAUCACGACGCAUCACCGGUCAUCCACACGGUGCUUCUCAGCUUCAGAGAGUAGGCAUUGGUCUGUUUAUUUCCAUCUUAUCUGUAGCCUGGGGUGGGGUUUUCGAAAGGUUUCGAAGAGGCUACGCUAUAAAACACGGGUACAAGUUUAGUUUCCUAACUCCCAUGCCCGAUCUAAGUGCAUACUGGUUGUUGAUCCAGUAUUGCCUAAUUGGUAUAGCUGAAGUGUUUUCCAUAGUGGGGCUAUUGGAGUUUCUAUACGAGGAAGCUCCGGAUGCAAUGAAGAGUAUAGGCUCUGCAUAUGCUGCUAUAGCUGGUGGCUUGGGUUGUUUCGCUGCCAGUAUAAUCAACAGUAUCGUCAAAUCGGUUACAAGGAACCCAGAGAAUAAGCAGCAGUCUUGGCUAUCUCAGAAUAUAAACAAUGCGAAAUUCGAUUAUUUUUACUGGCUGCUUACAGUUCUUUCUAUAAUCAAUUUCUGCAUUUUUCUGUAUUCAGCACAUAGGUACAAGUACAGGACAGAGCAGACAUUUGAGGCGUGGGAAACCAAACAAAACAUCCUGGCUGAGGAUAGCUAAAUAAGUAUCUAAAAUUUAUAUUUCUUUUUUUGGGUUUGUAAUGGAGCAAAUGCUCUAAAAUACGAGUUCCACAAGUUUCUGGUCCAUGUCAAUUACUGUUUCCUUUAUUUAUUCAUUAUUGUUAUUAUUUGCUCCUCAUACCCGUUAUGUUACUGCGUGAAUAAGCUGCUACUGUUAUAUAAUAAUAAUAACAAAUAAUAAAAGUCUUCUUUUUAACA